UCGCCGACACUCCGACCGGGUCGCAUCGCUGCUCUGUCGCUGAAGUGUGCGUUCCGUUCUCAGUGAGACUCGUGGACAGUGCUAAGGGGUGCCCUAUCGAUGAGGGUGCCUUCGAGAGUGGACGAUGUUUUGUGUGCUGCCGUGUGAACGUGCCGGUGGUUCCAGUACCACGUCGCGGGCCGCGUACUGCCGCCUCCAUGGAGGGUUGUUCCACGUCCUGGUGCUGGCGUUCGUCGUACUAGCUGGGAGCUGUUUCCAGUGCACGUCCGGCUCGGGCAUCUUCGAACUGCAAGUGCUCGAGAUGUCGAACCCGCUGAGCGAACUGUCAUCCGGCGAGUGUUGCGGCGGUGGCAACGCCGCGCGCAACCCGUUGGCCAAUCGGUGCACGGUGCCGUGCCAGACGUAUUUCCGUCUUUGUCUGAAAGAGUACCAGAGCAACGUUGCCAGCACUGGCUCGUGCUCGUUCGGGAACGCGUCUAGUCAGGUGCUCGGGAGAGACUCUUUCAUCGUUUCGGAUCCGGAUCGAGGAGUGGGGAAAAUCGUGCUUCCCUUCACAUUCAGAUGGACGGUGAGUGGGUUUUAG